AAGUAGAUUGCGAUGAAAGUUGGGGCGGUGGAAGCUUUUGAGGAAUAUUCCAUUGGGUUUCACCGUCGAAGAAGAAAGCAAUCAGCAGAGUCAAAUUGAAAGCAGGGGGCCAACGGCGGUUGCGAUGGGCGGGAGCGGUGUUGCCUUGGCAGAGGAGCAACAGCAGCAGCAGUCUUCCGUCAGCAACUCUACAGACGUAGGAGCGCCUGAUCGCCCUAUCCGCGUUUACGCCGACGGGAUCUACGAUCUCUUCCAUUUCGGACACGCUCGCUCACUCGAACAAGCUAAGAAGCUGUUCCCAAAUACUUAUUUGCUGGUAGGCUGCUGUAGUGAUGAGGUUACUCACAAGUUCAAGGGAAAGACUGUUAUGACUGAAUCAGAGCGAUAUGAAUCCCUUCGCCAUUGCAAGUGGGUUGACGAGGUCAUUCCUGAUGCCCCAUGGGUAGUAGACCAAGAGUUUCUGGACAAGCACAAAAUCGAUUAUGUAGCUCAUGAUGCUCUUCCCUAUGCUGAUGCAAGUGGAACUGCAAAUGAUGUUUAUGAAUUUGUCAAAGCUGCUGGUAGAUUUAAAGAAACUAAAAGAACUGAAGGAAUUUCGACUUCUGACAUUAUUAUGAGGAUAGUAAAGGAUUAUAAUCAAUAUGUGAUGCGCAAUUUAGAUCGUGGAUAUUCAAGGAAGGAGCUUAAUCUGAGCUAUGUAAAGGAAAAACGAAUGAGGGUGAAUAUGCGAUUGAAGAAACUACAGGAGAAAGUCAAAGAACAUCAAGAAAAAGUCGGCGAGAAGAUACAAACUGUAGCCAUGACAGCACGUGUUCGUCGUAAUAUGUGGGUUGAAAAUGCUGAUCGGCUGGUUGCCGGAUUCCUUGAAAUGUUUGAGGAAGGAUGUCAUAAAAUGGGAACUGCCAUUAGAGACCGCAUUCAAGAGAGUUUAAGAGGACAACAGGUGAUGGGCUUGCUUGAAAAUGGCGAGGAUAGUGACGAAGAUGCAUACUAUUACGACACAGAUGAAGAAUACUACGAUGAUGAAUCUAAUGAGAGUGACGGCAAGUGAUCUGCUGUCUCAAAGGUUGUAGUCAACCAGGUUUUAUACUUGGAGUUAAGAUAUUGCUAAAUAGCUGGAGGUAAAUUGUUCUGCCUGUGUGUGUCGGGGUGGGAUGUUUCUACCGAUCUUGCGAGGUUUAUGGCUUGCAUUUGCUAUAUGUUUGCACUGCUGGUUUUUAUUUUUAUUGUUGUCUAGUGUUUAUUACUAUGAAUGAAUUAGAGCUGCCAAAGCCAAACUAUGAAUGGAAGGAAUUAUGGGCUUUGUUUGGA